AAGAAGCAAUACACAGUGGUCCUUGACUGACUACACAUCAAACCUGCUAGAAGAACAGAGAGACAGAAGCAGAAGUAAUUCACCUGAGAAAUCCAACACCCCGGCAACCAUUCCACAGAACAAAAAGUAUCUCCAGUCCAAUUUCUGGGUGAGAGGAGCUGCUGGAGUCAUGAAUGCCUCAUGGUUUCUCUCCACUCUCACUUUUGUGCUUCUCAUUGGAGAGAGUGCUUGGUAUUACAACACCUCCAUCGAACUCAUGACGUACGAUGAAGCCAGUGCGUACUGUCAACAGAAGUACACACAUCUGGUGGCGAUUCAGAACAAAGAAGAGAUCAAUUAUCUAAACUCCAAUCUGAGAUAUUCACCAAGUUAUUACUGGAUUGGAAUCAGAAAAGUCAAUAACGUAUGGAUCUGGGUGGGGACCCACAAGCCUCUGACCGAGGAGGCUAAGAACUGGGCACCCGGUGAACCAAACAACAAACAAAGAAAUGAGGACUGUGUAGAAAUCUACAUCAAGAGACCCAAUGACCCAGGCAUGUGGAAUGACGAGAGAUGUGACAAAAAGAAGCUGGCUCUGUGCUACACAGCUUCCUGUACCCCUACAUCCUGCAGUGGGCAUGGUGAAUGUGUGGAGACCAUCAAUAGUUAUACUUGCAAGUGUCACACUGGCUUCCUUGGACCCAACUGUGAGCAAGUUGUGACCUGCAAAGAACAGAAACACCCUGACCAUGGAAGCCUGAAUUGCACCCAUCCUUUUGGCCUCUUCAGCUAUAAUUCCUCCUGCUCUUUCAGCUGUAACAGGGGCUACCUGCCCAGCAGCACAGAGACCACCAUGCAGUGUAUGUCCUCGGGAGAAUGGAGUGUGCCUACUCCAGCUGCCAUGGUGGUUGAAUGUGAAGCUUUGACACACCCUGCCAAUGGAGUCAGGGCAUGUACCUCAAAUACUGGGAGCUUCCCAUGGAACACGACCUGUACAUUUGACUGUAAUGAAGGGUAUCAGAGAGUUGGCGUUCAGAGUCUACAGUGUACCUCAUCUGGCAUCUGGGACAAUGAGAAGCCAUCGUGCAAAGCUUUCCAGUGUGAAGCCUUAUCCAGGCCACAAUGGGGCUACAUGAAAUAUCUUCCCAGUACUUCUGGACCUUUCCAAAGUGGAUCCAGUUAUGAGUUCUCCUGUGUACAAGGAUUUCAAUUGAAGGGAUCAAAAAGGCUUCAGUGUGGCCCAAGAGGGGAGUGGGACAGCAAAAAGCCUACAUGUUCAGCUGUGAAGUGUGAUGCUAUCCCUCAGCCCCAGAACGGUGUCAUGGAGUGUGCUCAUGCUACUACUGGAGAAUUUACCUACAAGUCCUCAUGUGCCUUUCAGUGCCACGAGGGCUUUAAAUUACAUGGAUCAGCUCAACUUGAGUGCACAUCCCAGGGACAGUGGACCCAGGAGGCGCCCUCCUGCCAAGUGGUACAAUGUUCAAGUCUUGAAGUUCCAGGAAAGAUGAACAUGAGCUGCAGUGGGGCACCUAUUUUCGGCACUGUGUGUGAAUUUACAUGUCCUGAUGGAUGGACACUCAAUGGAUCUGCAGUUCUGACAUGUGGUGCCACAGGAUACUGGUCUGGGAUGCUGCCUACCUGUGAAGCCCCCACCGACUCCACCCGUCCCUUGGUAGUGGCACUUUCUACGGCAGGAACCUCACUCCUGGCAUCGUCCUCAUUUCUCUACUUGUUGCUGAGAUACUUCCGGAAGAAAGCAAGGAAAUUUGUUCCUGCUAGCAGCUGCCAAAGCCUUCAGUCAUGUGGCAACUAUCAAGUCCCUUCUCAAGUCAUCUAAGUUCAGAACAACCAGGAACACAGAUGUGUCCUGGGAAAUAGAACAAUAUGCCGAAGUCGGCAGAAAAUGAGCUGACUGUGGGAUUCUGGUCUCUCUUGCCUGCUUAAUAACUGGGAUCCUGACUCCGUGGAUCAAAAUUCAGUGACAAGGCCAGCCCUCCACCAGAGAGACUCAGUUUCCUCUUUCCCAGCCACAGUACCAAGAACAUGCUGGCCACAGAAGUUUGAGGGUAUUCUCUUCAAAAGAGAGUGAAUGGACCAAGCCCUGGAACAGCAGAAUUCUAUCUAAGUCACUGGAAUUUGGGAAGAGAAACAGCAUUUUGUAGCUUUGUUUUUUCUCUUGUUCCUCAAUUUUUCAAUGGUCAAUGCUUUUAUUGUUGUUACAGGGAUAAAUAAUAUUUAUCAGCAGUUUUAAGCAAAUAAUUUUCUAUCUCUCUCUUGAAAAAAAAAAA